AUGCGUUCCUUCACCCAGAUCUUCAGCGCCAUCUUCGCGCUCUUCUGCGCCGUUGCUUUCGCUCAAGAAGGCCAGUACGACGCCACUGUCUACAUCACCUCAACCGUCUACCGCGUCAACACCGUCACCAUGUCCAGCUCUGCCGCCCCUGCUGGUUACACCCCCGCCAACAGCACCAGCACCAUCUCUGCCACCCACCCUACCAUCAUCCCCAGCUACAACGCUGGUAACGCUACUUCCGGUGUUGUUCUGCCUACCGCUUCUGCUCCCACUGUUGGUGCACCAGCUUCCAGCAAGCCUGCUGAGUUCGAGGGUGCUGCCGCAAGUGUCAAGGUUAACGCCAUGGUUGUUGCGCUCGCUGCUGGUGUUGGCUACCUCGUCUUGUAA